UGUCUCCUUCAGUGCAAGCGGCGCAGUGAGCGCGCGCGCGCUCUCACUCACACCCAGACUGUCUGACUGGCGAACCACACCGGCCGCUGUCCUCGCAGCCCACCCUUUCUAGAAUCGAGGCGCCUUGCAAUGCUCUCGCCGCAGUUGAAUUUGGACAUUUUGACGCGGGACCUGUCUCAUUAUCUGGAAAACCAAGUGAAAGUUGGUCUGCUGGGCUCAGGAGUGGGGCUCUCUCUGGUGCUCGGCUUCAGCGCGGCGUACACCUGCUACUACCUCAUCUCGGUGGCCAAGAAGCCGCAGCUCAUUUCAGGAGGCAAGAAGUUCUACCAGUUCCUGCGCGAGCAAUGUCCCAUCGUGUCGGAGACCUAUUACCCCACCUUUUGGUGCUGGGAGAGCCGCAUCCAGACGCUGCUCAGACCCUUUGUCACGGCCAAGCCCGGAGUGGCCUACAGGAAUGAGCUGAUUAAGGCGGCGGAUGGAGGACAGAUCUCCUUGGAUUGGUUGGACAACGAUGACAGCCUGGCUCACCCCGACCCCGCCUCCAGACCCACCGUCCUCCUCCUCCCGGGGCUGACCGGCACCAGCCGAGAAUCCUACAUCCUGCACAUGGUCGAGCAGAGCCGGGAUCUGGGCUAUAGAGCUGUGGUUUUCAACAACAGAGGUGUGUCGGGGGAAACUCUGCUGACGCCUCGGACUUACUGCGCCGCCAACACGGAGGACCUGGAGAUGGUCAUCGAGCACAUCCACACGAGCUACCGUACGGCACCCAUCAUGGCGGCGGGAGUGUCCAUGGGCGGUAUGAUGCUGGUCAACUACUUGGGGCGAAAGGGCCAGGAGACGUGCCUGAGAGGGGUGGUGGUCUUCUCGGCCGGCUGGGACGUGUUUGAGUGCACGGCAUCACUGGAAAAGCCGCUGGACCGCUUCCUUUUCAACUCCUACCUCACCAGCUGCCUGCAAGCCUCGGUGCACAGACACAGACCAGUGCUUGAAAAGUGUUACGACAUUGACCACGUUAUGAAGGCCAAGACCAUCCGAGAGUUCGACGAGAGGUUCACGUCCAUCAUGUUCGGUUAUGCCACCAACGACGACUACUAUCACGACGCCAGUCCCGUCCACAGGCUGAAGUCGGUGCAGGUGCCCAUGCUGUGCCUCAACGCUGCCGACGACGUCUUUUCCCCGUCGCACGCCAUCCCUGUGGAGGCAGUGAAGCAAAACCCCAACCUGGCCAUGCUCAUUACCUGCCACGGCGGCCAUAUUGGCUUCCUGGAGGGCCUGUGGCCAAGGCGGAGCACCUACAUGGACCGCGUCUUCCGCCAGUUUGCCCGUGCCGUCAUCGAACAAGGCGGCCGACUCAAAGACCUCUCCUGAAAGUGCCCCCCCCCUCUAUGUUCCAUCCUCGCCGCAUUCCGUCCAUCCUUCCAUUCCAUUUCCAUUGACCUGCUUAUAUUUUCCUCGUCCAUCCAUCCCGAUUUCCCUGCACAGGCAAAAACAACAACAUUGUUCUGGUUUGAAGGGCAUCAUUUGAUUUAUUUCUUCCUCCAUACAAUCAUUGAUUGUGACAUUAAUAACAACCCUUUUGUUUAGAACAAUGUUGAACAUGACGAUACGUCCUUUUCACAUUCAUCAGUGGGAUGUUAGCCCUCAGGGAUUAUUUUUUUUUGGGGUCUCUGUGGAUUAUUUUAAAAUCACCGCUUUCAUUUGAAGGGCCGAGUUUGGGCAUUUUGAGGAUUUUUUUUUUCCAAAGCUUAAAAACCCAAGAUUGCUUUGAUUAUUACUGACUACACAAAGCUUAAGUCCAUUUCAGUGCGUGUCACCAACUUUGCACAGAUUCAUUGAAUGUGUACUUUGAUAAACUUAUGUCGAGUUUUUUAUGUAUUCUAGUGUUGUGCCACUGAAAAAAAGAAACUAUAGUCACUUUAAAACAGAUCCUUAAACAAAUUCCUUUAUUCGAACAUACGUAUUUAUUUUUUGUUACACCCCUGGUGCAUUUUUGGAAAGUAUGCUGAUUUUUAUUCCUUUUUUUUAAUUUGUUUUAUUCUAAAUGAAUUAUAAAGUCAAUUAUAGAUGAUAUGAAUUUUAUUUAUUUUUGAGGGUCAAUGAUAGUGAAAUUCUCACCGACCUUUCCCACAUCUGUGCUAAUCCACUUCCAUCAAGAAAUGCAUGAGCAAACAUUUUGUGAUUUCAUUUUCCCUUCCAUGACAACGUUCGGCAAUAAGAAUUGAAAACAAAAGUGACUCGUAGAUGCACGUCAUCGACAAUGAGUGUAAUAAGCGCCGUUUAAUAAAUGGUUCAAGAGUCUCCA